AAGCGUUUCUCGUAUCUAUCUGCUCGUGUCACCAUGGCUCUUACGUUGUCGAUCGUUCUGGUAUGCGCCGGAGUCGUCCUUGGCUCCGUUCAUCCUCCAGCAUAUGGCCAUCACCCACAGCCCGCUUAUGGUCAUCAUGCACCUGCUUACGGUCAUCAUGCACCUGCUUAUGGCCACCAGCAUACUUAUGAGCACGGUUACUGCGACCCAACUGCUGUCCCUGCAUGUGCUGCCAACUCUACUCUCACCUAUUGCUUGGAAGACACUGAGUAUCCCGAGUACGAGAUCAAGGCUGCCAUCACUGCCGAUCACUUGUUCGCCAAGAAGUACGCUGACGUCGCCGACCAGUCUGCUGAUGACCUGGUAGACAUGGUUAGCAAGGACCAGGAAGAGGCCUUCGACUACUCUUACUACACUGGAGCCUCCACUGGGGACUCUCCCUACGAUGCCACCCACUGGGCUGGUCCUGAGGGUUACAUCUGUCCCUCCGAAGUGGUGUAUGCCAUGCCCAAACGUGCCCAGAAUGUGGACGGCAAGUGGCGCGUCAUUGUCAACGACGUUCACUAUUACAGCCAGACUGCUCGCCUCGAGACUUGUCUGUUCCCAGAGUCUGCUUGCCGCGCUCUUGCUCCUUGCUACCAGAGCCACUGCACCCAGAAGUCAGUGUACCACCGACUCCUUUCCUACGACCCAUGUGACCCCUACAAGGGCCUGUUCAUCGACAUCUACAAGAUGCCAUCUGCCUGUUCCUGCCACCUUCCCGCCUAACACGCCACCACAACACUCCUCAACACCAAUGAACCACCGAAAAUCCCUAUUAUCCCUUACGUAACUGGAGAAUUGCUUUCUUCACGUAUCAUUACUCGUCAUGUCAGGAACCGCAGGGACGCUCCCAUCGCUGCUCUCUUUCUCCUUUUUAAUUUCCUCUUCACUUCACCCAUGUAAGAGGUAGAUGCGAGAAAUCCAUAGUAAUAUUUCUAUUAAAUAAAUAAUUGUUGAACUUAU